ACAUAUGUCUGGAUGCUUUUAAUUGAAAAUGAAAAUACAAAGUUUUUCAAAACUCCUGAGGGGGGCCACAGGCCUCGAAAACCUGACCGAGAGCUGUCGCGAAACUAAGUGUCAGAAAAUGUUCCUACGCAUGCCCUGACACCAUUCCAGUGCAAAAAGACCGAAAAAUUUUGGGGCGGGAAAACGGCCUUAAUGGCCCACGUCCUUUUCAUGAACGAUAUAAACAUAUUCGUCUUUCAUUACAAGUUUCUUUAAUUGAAUCAUUAAACUCGGUGGAAUGUAAGAGUGGUUACAGUGCGUCAAAUCGUAUUCAGACGAAUGACUGUGCUCGUCUGAUGAUUGAAACACUAGAUGUUUUGUUACAUGUUAGCCUGUUGUUGGACGAUGAUAUUAGAAACACAAGUUGUCAAAAAAUCAUUCAAGAAGCAUUUUUAACCUGGAGUGAUCCCGCGAAUAAACGUCGUAUUGAAAGAACAAAGUUGUUGAUUGAUGUGCCAGAUGAUUACGAGCCACAAAAGCAAAUUAGCCCCAAUAGAAAAAGAAGAAUACAAACGACAACAAAUCUUUUUUAUCCGAAGAAUCUACAAGUGCACCGAAAAAAACAAAAUCGACAGCCGUGA